CCUUCAACCAGGACCCCUGAACAAGAAUUCGCCGAGCUUAUCAAGCGCGACAACGUGGGCAGCGAAGAACUCUUCGCUGCCUACGAUAAACUCGCCCCCAUCCCCAUCGACAAAGUCGUCGGUUCUUGGAAGGGUGGCAGCGUGAACACUGGACACCCAACUCAGGAGAUCCUCAAGUCAAUGAGCUGGGCUGGGAAGGACUUUCAUUCUAGCGAGAAUGUUGACCCUAUUAUGAUAUACAAUGCGGAGGGGGAGAGAGUGUGGGAGAGUAAAUGGGGUCAUGCACGCUUGCGCCAGGUCGAGUUCCGCGGCAAGGUCUCCACUGCUAUGAUCUAUGAUGAUCAUCCUAUUAUUGACUACUUCCGCUAUGUUAACGAUGACUUAAUUGCUGGCGCUAUGGAUGCCAAGACUUUCCCUGGUGGGACCUACUUCUUCUAUCUCCACAAAUAG